CAGAGUAUGGCGAAGCUUCAGAUACUCGCUGCUAUGUUAUUUUUCUCAUCCAAAACAGGAGUAAGUUCCGUCGGAACAACCACCAGUCCUCAACAACAGACACAACCUGGCGCCGCUGACAAAGACCCAUGUGAGAAAUCUGUUUUUGCUCGCGGAUUUUCUGGGAUUCCAGGAUCGAAUGGCAUACCAGGAAUGCCGGGAAUUCCUGGCGCUCCAGGACCGCAAGGACCACAAGGAAAAGAUGGAGCUAAGGGAGAGCCUGGUGUCAAGGGACCAAGAGGUAUGACGGGAACAAGAGGACAAAAGGGAAAUCCAGGGUCUCUUGGUAAAAAUGGUGCACCUGGAAUGACGGGAAUAAAAGGAGAUAAAGGUCAUGAAGGGUCACGUGGCAGCAGUGGACCGCCAGGAACCAAGGGUGUGAAAGGAGAGCAGAGAUCUAAAGGAGAGAAAGGAGAAAUCGUGAAUAGUGCAGUGUCACAGACCAACUGGAAACAGUGUGUGUGGAAAAAUGAAGAUGGUAGAGACAGUGGAAAGAUUAAGGAUUGCUCAUUCAACAAGCUGCAGUCUGAUACAGCCAUUAAAGUCUCAUUCCAGGGAAAUACACAAGUCUAUGGCACUUCUAAAUGCAAUCGGUGGUUCUUCAAGUUUAAUGGAAAUGAAUGCAGUGGACCAAUGACAAUUGAGGCUGCUGUGUACAACAUUUGGCCAUCUGGGAGUCCUAGUCUGCUUCAUCACAGAUCAUUUGAGGGAUACUGUGAAAACAUUCCACAGGGCAGGGUUACUGUAGAGUUAUGGGUAGGGCAGUGUCACAGUAGUUAUACACUGGGUGAUUCUAACACUGGAUGGAACUCAGUAUCCCGGAUAAUGAUAGAGGAAGUCUCUAAGGCCCAGUCCUGA